AUGAACAGCACGACCGCGGGGUCUGCUUCAAAUAAAUGUCUCGAUGCUGAGGUGGGCAUCGCCGUCUGCCCUCGGGCAGCGGUGGAGCUCGCCAAGGCGCCCUUCCUGGGCAGUCCAGCCUGGUCCGGUCCCCGGGCCCCUCCCAACGGGUGGAGCCCAAAACCCACGAACGCCGAGGCGGGUGUCGUCGUCUGCCCUCGGGCAGCGGUGGUGCUUGCCAAGGUGUGUCACCUGCAGGUCCACUUUGACGGCUGGUCUCAGCAGUUUGACUUCUGGAGCGACAGCGACCACCUUGACCUCCAUCCUGUCGGCUGGUCUCAAUGCACAGGACACCUGCUGGAGCCCCCCCCAGGCUCCUCCCCUACGUCUCCCUCUCAGGGCGGCUGUCCCACACGAGGCUGCCGAGGAGUCGGACACAUCAAAGGAGCCAAAUACAGCGGACACCACAGUGCCUUCGGGUGUCCGUACUCGGACAUUAAUAUGCGUAAGGAGGUGCUGCUUCCUGAUAGGCUGGGAGGAGAGCGAGUCAUCACCCUCGUACCUGUCUCCAUGUAUCACCACGGCAACCAGUCACUAAGGUUACCACGACCGUCCCAACCAACCAAAUUCCUCUGUGUGAAACAGGAAGAGGAGGAGCUUCACAUAACUCCAGAAACAGACGAUGAAGUGGCUGUUUCCAUGGAGACGGCUCGCCAUGAUAACUGUGCCGUUGGUUGUGAUGGACUACGGGCUCUGGGCUCACGUGAUGCCUGUCUCACUGCUCAGUGGGCAGCAGAGUCCCUCCACCAGUCUGUCUUCCUGUCGGCCAUGUCGCCGCAGCCCGGCCGCGACCUGUCUCACUCUGACCUGUCUCACUCUCUAUGCUGGGAGCAACAGCGCAAACUGCUGCCGGGCGUCUGGGGAGUCCAAGCGGAGACGGUCCAACACUGGAGCGCCCAGCAGGUGUCUGACUUCAUUGAGUCUCUUCCUGGUUGUGAAGAACAGGCCAAACAGUUCAGAGACGAGCAAAUCGAUGGGCGGGCCUUCCUUCUCCUCUCCCAACGGGACAUCGUCAGGAUCAUGUCAAUAAAACUUGGUCCCGCCCUCAAGAUCUACAACUCCAUCCUGAUCUUCAGACAUGCCCAGGACCAGAGCCAAUCAGACGCCCAGGACCAGAGCCAAUCAGACGCCCAGGACCAGAGCCAAUCAGACGCCCAGGACCAGAGCCAAUCAGACGCCCAGGACCAGAGCCAUCAGACUCUUUGAGCUCUCGUUUCCUCGGUGACAUAAAUAUCAACAAUGAAGAAACACCUGAAAACACAAAGACGUUUACAAAGUUCUUAAAGUUCUUCAUUAUUUCCACAAAGGAAACCUUGAAUCUCUUUGAACACAUGAAUGCUGCCAGCUGAUUGGCUGAGACCCUAAAAAACACUAAAACAUAGGAAGUUGUUUUCUAAUUUAUAUUUCUGAUAAAUAAUUCUGUGCAAAUAUAUUUUGGUGAACUGUUUAUAUUAUAAACAAUAGAACAACAAGAUGCUGAUGCAUUGAAGAGGAACAUCGUUAGUUUAUUACUGCACACGAUGUUUGAAUGAUGUAAAGAUCGUGAACAUUUUCUGAGACGGUUUUUAAUAUCUGAUUGUAAGAACAGGUCACGCUCGAUGACAUCACGCUGUGGCUCCGCCCCCACUGACGGUGACGACGUAGAGAACUCAGGAUUUUACUUUUGUUGGACGCAGGUCCGUCACUUCCUGUCAGGUGACCUUCCUGACCAAUCGUAGCAACAACAUUCAGAAGCCCCGCCCCUUCUGCUGUGAUUAGUCAAUGCUUUAUAUUCAUAAUUGUAUCCUGUGUCGUGUUAUGAAGAGUAUCUAUUGUAUCUAGAUAUUUAUAUUACAGUUUAUAAAGAUAUAUAUUUGUAUUG